AUGGUGUGGGUAACAUCGGCACGUGAGUACAAAAACCCCUCGACCUCUGUUGGCGGUAGGGAAACAACAUCACACCUCACGACCUCAGUGUGGACUGGCUCAACGACCAACUCUACGUGCUGGGACUCGCCGAUGGCAGUGCCCUCUGGCAGGUCAUUCGAUGUGGGCUCGAUGGAUGGUUCGGGUAUCACGGUGGCGGGCAGUGGCUGGUAUUUAUUCUGGGUGAUGAUCCAAGGCCCUGUGGGUGGAGGUCUGUACCGUCUGGAUCUGGCAGACAUCAGUAAUGGAGUGAAGCACGAAGUUAUACCAGACCAAAUCCUGUCCAGCCCCCAUUUAGGAGCAUUCACUGUCGACCAUACCAGCUUCCGCAUCCUGGUGCCCAACCAGCUGGAGAACACAGUUGUCGCUGUUUCCCUUGAUGGACACGAGGUGACAGACAUCCGCAGUAACACGCAGCAGCCGCAGUUCCACAAUGUGAUCUCUCUGGCGAUGGCUAACGGGCUGUUCUACUGGACCAACGGAGAACGUGUACUGACCGAGGAGUACCAUGCCGGUCAAGACAGCUACUUCCACAACCUCGUGUACACUGACGCUGCCAAGCCCCUCAUUUGUCAGCAUUCAGCGUCAACUUGCCCGUCCUCUCAGCCUGUGCCUGUGCCGGUCAAUCCUCCCACUGCAGUGCAGGCUGUGCUGGGCUCUCACACUGCCAAGACGUCCUGGACACAGCCCCAUCUACUCGGAGGCCAAGGCAAGGGAGCCUGGCAGGGCUGGUGGUACCAGCUGAGUGUACGGGACGUGGAGGCUGACACUGUGGAGGAGUGGGGGGAGAUCAACGCAACGUACUACACAGUGUCGGACCUGCGGCCCGGGAGAGAGUACGUGGUGCGAGCUGCCGCCUACACCACCGCAGGAAUGGGACCCUGGAGCUCGGAGUUCCGUGGCAAGACUCUGCGCCACUCUACGGGUGUUCCCCCCACCAUUCUCUGGUCAGCUGCGGAAGGUCUGCUACAAUCGGACGUUACUGGCGAGAGAGUUGAGACGCUUAUACACAGAGAUAACCUGAAGGACAGGAUUGGCUACCAUCACAUCACAGACAUUGCCUGGUACAGAGAUCAGUUGUACCUAGUGAGCAAUACGAGUCACGUACUGUGGUACAACCUGACGAGUCACGCACGCGGCCGUCUGCGUGACCUCGAGUCUGUGGGCAGCAUCGCUGUUGACUGGGUCGGUCACAAACUCUACUGGUCCAACCCCAAACAGCAGCUGAUUAUCAGAGGUAACCUGAAUGGCAGCCAACAAGAGCCUCUGCCAAUCCUGACUGUGGCUAAAGAACUGAACAUCGACGCAGUGGAGGGCUUCAUCUACUGGUCCACAGGUCAUGCUGUGGAGAGCUCCCGACUCAACGGCAAACACAAGAAGACUUACUACCCCGCAGAGCUGUUCUCUGGGAAACAGGUGAUGGGACUUACGAUUGACAUGGAUUCUCGCACAGUCUACUGGAUCGUCAGGAGUUACGAAGGCUCCUCACUGUUUCGUGCCUCCACUGCUGACAAACUCAAGGUGGGAGAAGAAAUAUUGCCCCAGAAGGUUUCCAGUCUUCAGUAUCCCAACAUGCAAGGGCCCCUGUGCUAUUUUGACAACCACCUGGUAUGGCUGAGGGAUGACCGCUAUGCUGUCAUCGGUGACAUGAUGGGCCAGAAUUCUGCAGUUCUCAGUGGAAUGAGCCUGUCCGAACUAAACAUGGUGGCUGUCGUGGACACUGCUCUGCACUAUUCCCCAAGAGGACGUAAAUUGUCAGAAGUGAAACGUGAUUCCCCAACCCAUUUCUCCAACAGUCUCUUCGAGUCAGAGGGAACUUUUGAAGAGUUUAAAAUUUGCUGGAAUCCAGUGGACAAUGAUAUAACGAGAGAAACCAUAGAGCCGUUCUGGAUUUACGAGAGCCCAUAUGAACUAGUCCCCUACUCGCCUCUCUUUGUGAGUGUGCGUGCCCUGACCUACUGGGGAGCAUCGUCGUCUGCUAGAGCUCUGCUUCACUCUCCUCCCUCCAUCCCUUCACAGCCCACCAACCCUCGAGUCUUCGUCUCAUACAACAGAAAUCCUGUAGAAGAAGAUCAAGAAAUAAUAGCAGUGUUCCGUUGGGAUGGCACCAGUUUCUCCUAAUGGUGUGAUCGUGAAGUAUCAAGUGUCGUUUUGGUUAGACAGCUCUGACCUCCAAGUCACAGAAUUGCCAGCCUCCACCAUGGAGUAUGUUG